AUGGCGGAGAAGGGCGCUGCAAGUGCGUACGGGGCUUCGCUCGCAGGAGGAGAAGGCUUCGACUUCAUCAAGUUUGUCCGGCAACCGCAAACCAUCGUUCGGAUACUCAGUUGGAUAUUUGCCCUGGUGGUGUUUGCUUGCAUCUCAACGGAGGGCUACAUCAACUCCCUCCACAGUGCCGAGGUAAAGUGCAUCUUCAACCAGAACAACUCGGCGUGCCAUUACUCCAUUGGCAUCGGGGUGAUCGCCUUCCUGGCAUGUGUUGCCUUCCUGGUGUUGGACGCCUACUUGCCUUUUAUGAGCAAUGCACAGCAAAGGAAAUACGCUGUCAUUGCAGACCUGGUAUUCUCAGGGGUGUGGUGCUUCCUUUGGUUCGUUUGUUUCUGCCUGUUGGCCAGUCUGUGGGCUAAAACUGCUGAUGUCUCCGUUGUCCCAGAGGACGCCGCUCGAGCGACUGUGGCCUUCUCAUUCUUUUCUAUCUCCACAUGGGGGAUCCUGACCUACUUUGCAUUUAUCCGUUUCCGCCGCGGCAUUAAUGAAGCGACCAUCCCAACCUACAUCGACGGCCCGGAUCACAACACCCCUUACCCUCCGACCUACGCCCCCACCUCCUACAACCCCACCACCUACACCCCUACCACUUACAACACAUACCCCAGCAACGUGGCCGACAUGCACCAGCCGCCGCCCUUCACACCGAUUCCCCAGCCGCAAGGAGACUCUGAAUACCAGCCGCCCAGCCACUGA